GAUAACCCUAUCAGAUCCUGCCCACUACGGAAACGGGGAAACCAGAACUAGAAGACGGAGCUUCGAAGCAGAAACCACACCGAUGCUCUUAUUGAAUCUCCUUCCACUUUGACUUCGACUAUUGUGAUUCGAAACCGCAUCGAGAGAAGCAGAAACCGCAUCAAGAGAGGAAGAACCCGCAUCAAACGAUCCUGCUUCUGUUGAUGAUGGCAAGGAAAAAGCAUAUGACUGUUACUGAAUCUUCUCUGGAGGUUGAUCUAAAGUCUAUCAUCCAUGAUAGUUCCUUAUUCUUCGACAAGCUGGUUGAGCUUAUACCUGCAAGGUUCUAUCUGCCAAUUGAUGACAAAGACAAGCCAUGGUUUCAAGGUCUUAGCAAGGGUGAAAAGGUUUUGGCAAAGAAGGAAUCAAGAGAGAACAUCAAGAAGGCUAGAAGAGAACGACUCGACCCAGAGAAGUCUUCUGCCUCAACUCUCGAUUUGCUAAAGCAAAACUUGGAAAAAGAAAAGUCAAAGAAUGAGAAUAAUGAAGAUGAAACUGAAACUGAGAUUAAAUCUGUAAUGUCUAGUCUGGAAGAUAAUGAUCGAUCUGUGACAUAUGAAGAACUGCGGAAACGACUGCAUCUCAAAAUUGAAGAGCUUCGAGGUGGUAGAAAUAGUGGAAGCAAUGAUGGAAAAAAGAAGAAAAAUGAGACUAAAGACGUUCAGCAAAGUAAACGGAAAAGGGACUCUGGUUCUGAAGAAAAGAAGCCGCCUACAACUAGUGUCUCGGAGGACAAAAUGGAGAAGGAUGUGGAUGAAGCUGCAAAGGAACUCACAUUUAGCCGUAUUAAACUUGGAAAUGAAGAAGAGCAUGGAAGAAAGAAGAAAUUUUCAAAGCUGAAGAAACUUGAAAAGGCGAAAAACCUAGAAGAAGCAAAGAUGGAUCCAGAGAAGGGUGAGAUCGUCUCAAAGAAGCAUGCAUGGAAAGCAGCUACGAGUAGAGCUGCUGGAAUCAAGAUUCAUGAUGAUCCCAAACUAUUGAAACAGAGCAUUAAGAAGGAGAAAAAGAAGCAUCAGAAGAAUGUUGGGAAGUGGAAAGAAAGAGUUGAAACCACAGAGAAGUUGAAAGCAGAGAAACAGAAAAAGAGAUCACACAAUAUUUCUGAGAGGAUUCACGAGAAGAAAAUGCGUCGCAUUGCAAAAAGGGAGAAAAAGCUCAUGCGGCCAGGAUUUGAAGGCCGUAAGGAAGGUUUCAUCAAUGCAAGUUCAACCUAAGGAUCUGUACCGGCCAUUGCCACUCCAUAGUCGGUGUCUCGAUAUCCCAGACCAUAUCAGCUACUGAACCACCCAGCAUGAAUAAACAAAACAGAGAAGCUCAGUGAAUGUGAGUAUUAUUAUAGCCUCUGUACUCUUCUAUGUGAAUCUCCUUAACAUGCCAACCUACACCAAUAAGAAAAUUGAAUUAACAAUUCUGGCUUUCA